AUGGACUUCAAUGCAGGACUCACUAACAGUUUAACAGGCAAUACUGUUAUUCCCCCAGGCUGCCAUGUCUACCCAUUCACCUUUCAGAUCCCAGUACAAGAGCUGCCCUCCUCCUUCAGGGGCUCACAUGGAAAGAUUGUGUAUAGAUUGGAGGCAAAUCUGAGCCGCUCAGUGAGAAAAGACAGCAAAGCAAAGGCAAGUCCACAGCAAAAUAUGACUGAUAAGAAGAUGAACCUCUUCACAUCAGGAUCAGUGGCCAUGGAUGUAAGCAUUCCAAAAACAGCCUUCCUCCAAGGAGAAGACAUAAAGGUUGUGGCUUCAGUUCAGAACAAAUCCUCUUGUGACAUUAAACUCAAGUACUGUCUCUACAGAAAGUACAGCUACUUUGCAAAUAAGAAAAGGAAACUUGAAACAAAAGACAUCCUGAAAGAGGAGGGCGAAGCCAUCCCACAGUCAGACCAGACAGUCACCAAGAUCAUCACCGUCCCUUCCACCGAGACUGCCUCAGUCCUAAACUGCAACAUCAUCAAAUUAGAGUACAGACUCCGGGUCCAUCUGGAUGUGAAGUAUGCUUCAGACCCAGAGAUCAAGUUCCCCAUAAUCAUCCUGCCCGCUUUAGAGGGGUCUGAUAAGCAGCAGUCGUCUGACUAUUCAGCCAGUGGAUAUGAAGCAUCUCCAAACUCUGACUUUCCAGAAGGGACAAGCUUUCUACAAAAUCCAGCUGCCCCUGGAGUCGAUGGCUUACCACCUUCCUAUGAGACAUAUGACAUGUACCCCUCCCUGAACAGUUCAGACAGAAAGUCCUAG